UUGCGUAACGAAGAUGUCUAAGGGGCAGAUACAGAUACAGGUACUUGAAAGUCGUGUUGCCGGAAGGUACCUCGGAUUUUAGUGAGAUACGAUCAUUUCCCUGUUGGACUUACGCCCAAAAGUUUCUUGUCUUCAUCGGACGCAUCGACCUUCUUCCCCAUUUCGUUGCUUCCCCUGUCCGUUCACUCUGCCCACCAUUUCCCCUUUCCCCUCAUUUCUUUCUCAUCGAACAACCCAUUAAUGUCGUCUUCUAAGCCGCUAUUACCCAUCACUCUUUACCUCUCUAGGGCUUCUUUCUGCUCUCAUGGAUCCGGGGAAUCCCUUGUUUCUGGCAACAGUGUCGAUGCUGUUCAGUGUUGCCGGAGCUUGUUCGGCCGGACAAUGCGAGUUGCUCGACAAGUGCGCCUCGGACGGGGACUGCAGAACUGGGCUUUACUGCUUCUCUUGUCCCCAAGGGUUUUCAGGCUCCAGAUGUGUAAGAUCCACCAUUGUAGACCAAUUCAAGCUAACGAACAAUUCUCUGCCCUUCAACAAGUAUGCAUUUUUGACAACUCACAAUUCCUAUGCCAUCGAUGGAGAGCCAUCUCACACUGGAGUUUGCAGAAUUACCUUCACAAAUCAAGAAGAUAGUAUUACUCAGCAGCUAAAAAAUGGGGUUCGAGGCCUAAUGCUAGAUACAUAUGAUUUCAAUGGGGAUGUCUGGUUGUGCCAUUCUUUUUGGGGCCGAUGCCAUGAUUACACUGCAUUUGGACCAGCUUUGGACACUUUGAGGGAGAUUGAAGCUUUCUUAUCUGUAAACCCAUCUGAAAUCAUCACAUUGAUCCUAGAGGACUAUGUUCAGGCCCUAAAUGGAUUAACAAAGGUCUUUAUCGAAUCGGGCUUGAUGAAAUACUGGUUCCCAGUGACAAGCAUGCCCGAAAAUGGUCGAGACUGGCCUCUGGUUGCCGACAUGGUUGCCAAAAACCAAAGGCUUCUUGUGUUCACUUCAGUAGAAUCAAAGCAAGAGAGCGAAGGAAUCGCUUAUCAAUGGAAUUACAUGGUUGAAAACCGAUACGGCGAUCGAGGAAUGCACCCUGGGAGUUGUCGAAACAGGGUAGAAUCAUCACCACUUGACGACAAGAGCAAAUCACUGGUUUUAGUGAAUUAUUUCAAGCGUGUGCCCAUCAAGACGGCCACAUGCGUACACAACUCAGCCCGCCUCAUUAACAUGCUUCACACUUGCCAUGGCUCGGCCGGAAAUCGAUGGGCAAACUUUGUUGCCGUUGAUUACUACAAGAGGAGUGCGGGAGGAGGAGCAUUUCAAGCUGUUGACACUCUAAAUGGGAAACUGCUUUGUGGGUCUGAUGAUGUGCUUGCUUGUGUUGCAGGAUCCACAUCAGGCGGCUGCACUUCGUCAGCAUGAUGACAGCAGAGGAAAAUCACUUUCCAAUUCAUUUACAAGCAAUGGAGCUAGGACUUAGGAAUAUGUAUAUGUAUAUCACUAACAAAUUACAAUGCCUCUUGAAAUGAAGCUAUUUGGUUGGGUGGAACGAAAAGGAGAAAGAAAUGUUCAGGAUAGAAAAUUAGUUUGGAGGAAAUGGGCCAAAAGAAACUUUUGUUGUCACACACUUGGCAAUUUAAUAUAGGCUAAAACACAAGGAGAUCCCAACAUACCUCGUGAUAAUCAAUCACCAUAACUGGCUGUAUGAUAUGCAUCACUGUUCAUAAACUAAAGUUAAAAGA